ACAAACUUGACCUUGAACCGACAUCACUGAAAAUUGUUUUCCACACGUCGUCUCACUAUGCAAGGUUAACUGGGAGUAAAAAAGAAACAGAGCGGCGGACAGACAGACAGAAACAAUACAUUCUGCCACGUUGACAAUGGACACGACGAAGGAUGAUGAUCGUCAAAAAAAUGAUGCCGUCGCAAAUAACAAGCCCCCAGAGAGUGACAAUCCUCUUGUUAAGUCUGUUAUACAAGAUAUGGAAGAUCUGGAUAAAGAUUACAUGGAAUUAGAGCUUGAUAAUGAACAUUACAAAAAGAAGCUUGAAGAAGUAAAAGUGUUACAGAAGAAAUGCCUGAGCGGUAUUGCACAUCAGCGAUACAGGAUGAAGAAAAUCAGCGAAGCUCUCAAAGCAAUCCCAAAUCCAUCAUCUGUAGACAGGGCUUGUAUGGAUGAGGCACACAAUAAAAUGACCAAGAGAAAAAACACAUUUCGAGAUUUUGAAGAUCACCUACCACAUAAGAAUGGAAUCUAUCUGAAUAUCAUCCUGGGCCAAGUUAAUAUUUCUCUUCUCAACAAGGAAGAUAAGUACUUAUACAAACAGGAUUAUGAACGGUUCAAGCUCACCCUGAGCUACAUACAGUUUGGAUUGUCUCUGAUUCUGGUGUUUGCCAACUAUCUCAUUGAUUUUACAAGUAUCAGGUGGGCUGAUUCUGUGUUACAUUUCUUGCUUGUGUGGUACUACUGUACUCUGACCAUUCGGGAACAGAUACUCAUUGUUAAUGGAUCAAGGAUUAAAGGCUGGUGGUUACUUCAUCAUUUCGUCUCAACAGCAUGCUCUGCCAUAACUCUCAUCUGGCCGGAUGGAUAUUCUUACCAAGCAUUUAGAACACAGUAUGGCUGGUUCAUCCUUUAUAUUGCAUUUGUUCAAGUGUUACAGUACUACUACCAGAAAGGGUGCCUGUAUCGAUUGAAAUGUCUCGGACAACGCCAUGAUAUGGACAUCACAGUUGAGGGUUUCAUGUCCUGGAUGUUCAAGGGUCUAGCCUUCCUGUUGCCUUUCCUGUUCUUUGCUUAUUUUUUUCAACUGUACAAUUCAAUCCAGUUAUACAAAUUGUACACAGAUCCAAGAUGUACGGAGUGGCAGGUGCCAGUGUUGAGUGUGAUCCAUCUGGUUCUGUUUCUAGGCAACAUGACAACAACCUUGAAGGUCUUAAAACAGAAAUUCACAGAGGAUAUGAAGAAUAAGAAGAAAUUUUAUAAAAAUAAAUAUCGCUUCAACUCUAAACCUAAAGUUAUGUAAAUUUAAUAGCAGAACAGAAACUGUAGAAAAAUAGAGAGAGAAAAAAAUGUAGUAUUUCAGCAUGAAUAAUGUUUAAAGGGGCACCCAUCCAAAAAUCUGUAAAAAAAAUUUAAAAUGUAUGAAGUACUUCCACUGGUUACAAUUAAGAAAUGAUACGUAGCAGAAGGAGGCAUGUUUUAAGUAAUUGAAACAUGACAAAGAGCUUAUGCUUCUCAUGGAAUAAUUUUAUGAGGGCCUAGCUGAAGUGAAAUAUAUCAUGCCGCGUAUAACGUAUUUGGAGUGUCUCAUGCUUCUGUUAUGUAUUAUUUUGCUACUCUUGGUUCCUGCAAGUUUGAUAAUAACACUAGCUUAUAUUAUUUCAAAUAACUUUGGUCUGUAGAAUUUUAGAUAAAAAGUGAAAACAAGGCUAUUCAGAAAGUUCUAAUAUUUUUGUAUGAAAACACUUGUGCUGUCCAUAAAACUUGUAGUAAAUCUACAUUAUCAAUGCUAUUUUAGUUGUGCAGUAAAAUUUGAUGCGAAGUAGAAGGAAUUGACUGCACUUAAUAUAGUAUGCUUAAAUUAAGAACUUAAAAGGUACUUUUUUAAGAUUAUCAAUAUUACUGCAGAAUCAUUUAAUUUUAUUGGCAUGAAAUUUUGUGAUUUCGACAAAAAUGACCAUUUCUUUGGGAUGUGAAUUUGUGGACUGCAAAUUUAAAGAUAAAAUAAAUGGAAAAUUUGCUUAUUCCUUAGGAUUUAAUUUUGUGGAUUGACCCCACAAAGAAAUCCACGCAAAUUAGUCUCAUAUAAAAUUGAAUGAUUUCACAGUAUAUAGCUGGACAAUUGCUGUAUGUUGGAUGGAUUUUAAUAUUAAAUUGGACAAGUGGGAGCAUGCCCCUUUAAACUAAUUUUACACUUGUUUAGUCGUUGUGGUAAUUAAAGGUAUUUUGGAUACUUUUUAUACAGUUGGGUUGAAUUACUGUCAUUCUAGACAUUGACUAAUUAUGCUUUAAAUGAUGAUAUAAGUCAUUCUGUGUAGUGCAGUUUAAAGUGGCUUGUUCAGAAGGUUUUGGUAUGUGUAAAAUCAUCUGAAAAAAAUGUAUUUUGUUAAAGUUACUUUUGGUUUAAAAUUAUUGACAUAAGAUUUUUUAUGUUCUCAAAUGGAUGCAUAUAAUAUCACACUGUGAAGAUGUACUUCUAUAUGUCUGUUUGAAACACUUCACGUCUCACAACAAUAGAAGGGAUUCCAGUGUUGAGACGUCGGGUCUGUUCCUCCAAAGUCGCAUGCAAGAGCACUGGCCCAUACCUAGUCGGGUCUGUACCUCCAAAGUCGCAUGCAAGAGCACUGACCCAUACCUAACCUGUCAGUUAUGCUGUUUUUGGGCAUGUGUAUUUUGCAAAUAUACUUUUUUGUUUGGAAGUUUUCUAAUUUUGAAAUUUUAUUUUUUUAAGUGGCCUUUUGUAUAAAAUUAUUCAAUAAUUGACGUAUUUUUGUUUUCUAAUUAUUCCCAUUUGUACUGAGGCAAGUUCAAAAGACUUGAAAGCGUAGCAACAUAUUUUUAGUUAUAAAUAGAAUUAACAUAGUCCCAGUGUAUCUAAGCUUAUUAAAAGUCAACACUUGUAACCCAUAUUGAUGACUUCUCCAAAAGACUAGUUUUAGUUGGAGGAAAAUGCAAAAUACAGAAAAUGCUUCCAAUUUUAGAAGUGUUCCUGGUUCUUUAGCAUGCCAGGUGUAAAGCACCUAUACACGGGACUCUUAUCCAAAUGUUAGUCAUUUACCUAAGUAAGAAUAGAGGGGGCUAAAAGAAUUUUUAGUCGCACAGUAUUACUACCACAGGAGCACAACUGUUACAAUUUACGGCAUGGCAUUGCAUGGAUAUUAACAUAUACAGAUUUGUAUAUAUUUUAUUCAUUUUUACAUUUGUAGUUAUUUCACUUUCCAUUUUGACAUACAUGUAUAUGCAACAUACAGUGUUCAGGUUGCCAAAUGUAUGCAGCUUGUCUGUUAAUACUUUUGUUAGGUGAAUUCGCAUGAAACUAAAACACACAAUGCUGUUAAUUUAAUUUUAUGUCUUCUUGUGAAAUGUUGUUUGUAAUGAAGUAGCAAAUGUUUAACAAUAAUGUAAAAUACUUAUGCAGAAAUUUUUUGUUUUGUAAGAUAUUUGUAAUGUCUCAUUUGAAAGUACCAUCAUGCAGAUGGAUGUUUUGUUGACAAGGGAAGUUAUAAGUUUGUUAAUUCUUGUGUUCAAGAGUUUAUUUUAAUCGUGUUUUAUUUAUUUAUCUAUGAUGAUUUUGCCAAAUAAUGUAAAUUUAUAAAUACACAGUUUUAUCUUUGGUGCUUAGAAUUGCAUUUCAUUUGCAAACAGCAAAGGUUGAGAUUUGAAUACAUGCAUGUGCUUUAACUCCCAUACUGUAAAAUCAUUAAUUUUUGCAUGGACUAAUUUUUGUGGAUUUUGUAAUUGAGUCAAUUCGCAAAUUUAAAUCCCGUUGAACAUGUAAAAUUCACUUCAAUUUUAUGUUAAAGUAUUGAAAUCCAUGAACUCGUAUCGCCAAGAAAUAACUUUUUUUUGCCAAAACUAUGAAAUUUCAUGCCCACAAAAAAUGAUUUCACAGUAUAUACUUAUAAGUGUCUUCUGAAAGUUAACUAAUCAAGCAGCUGGCAAACAUAUAUGUGAAGACUUUUGGAAAAUGUACACGUGUGAAUAUCAAAAUUAAGUACCGGUAGUACAAGAGUUUUAUGAAAGUGUACAGAUAAUACUGUAGAAUCAUUUAAUUUAGUAGACGCCAGUUUUUGUGGUUUGAUUCGAAACGAUUAUUUUUUUUAUCUCAGCCUUUUUAUAAGCUAGUUUUAUUAAGACUUUAUUUCUAGUCCUGAGAUUAAAAGUUUUGUUGUUUUUGUGCCAUACAUCUUGUGCAAAAUGACGUGCAGUACAGUAGAUAUCGCAGUUCAAAACUCUUGUUAUUUGUUUUCUAUUUUGAGGUCAGUGUAAGGGGUUAUAAAUUUGUUGCCUGGCUUCUUGCUAUGUUUCCCUUUUCAGUUUAAUUUAAGUUUUUCACCAAAAACAUUUUUGGUUGCAUUUUUGCAUUACUCUACCUUUGAUAAUUAUUUCAUUCCAUUGUGCAAAAGGGUCACACAACAACAACAACAACAGAGAUGCCAAUAUUUCAUACAGGUACAGGACAGACUUUGUUUGUAAAGUCAAACCUCUGCUAAAAGCCCGCCUGCGUAGCUCAAUAGGGAGAGCGCAGAUCUACGGAUCGCGAGUUUGAUCCUCGAGCAUGGCGUAUGUUCUCAGUGACGGUUUAAUAAGAUAGUGUGUCUGAAAUCAUUCGUCCUCCACCUCUGAUUAAUGUGGGGAAGUUGGCAGUUACUUGCAGAAAACAUUUUUGUACUAGUAUAAAAUCCAGGAACACUGGUUGGGUCAAGUGCCCGCUGUUACAUAACUGAAAUACUGUUGAAAAAUUACAUCAAACCAAAAUCUGCUAAAGACUUCCUCUGAAUAAAGGACACUACUACAAAACCUGCUUAUAAAGGCCACUACUUUACCUCUGUUUAGAGGCCACCAUUCAACAAAGACCAAAUUUUUCAUUUCCCAAGGGUGGUAUCCUCAGAGAAGUUUGACUGUAUAUCAAAAUUCUUUGAAAUAGCAACAAAAAAAAAUCAAAAUUAGAAUUCUUAACUGUUUAAAAAGGCACUUGUAAAUGUUUUUGUAAGCCAUAAUGGUAUACUUAAUGCCAUUAAAAAGCUUUAAAAAAAACACAUGGAUGAUGUGUUAACAUGUUGGUAAUUACAUAGGAAGUUAGAUGGACAUUAAUUACAGAGAAACACUGUUUGCUCAAGCACCCGGUCUCACUCAAGCAAUUAAUGUGAUACCAGGUUGUUUUCCAUAUAUUUCUGUUUUGAUAACUCGAGACACUGGAGUCCUGAUAACUGCAUUUUUGGUAUCCUCUUGCAAACUUUAGCAGUCAGUGCUCCACUGUAUUGACACUGUAUGUUGGAACCAUCUUCCUGACCAGAUCAACUAAAUUUUGUAGUUUACUAUUGAGACAAAGGUAACAGGUUUUAUGGUCAAUGACAGUAACUGUAAAUUUCCAUCUAUCACAUGUAAAGGUAAAAGAAAACCUGUGAUUUUAGUGGAGUUUAGUUAAAACCUUAAGCCUGCUGGCGGCAAGUUUUUGCCUAUGCGACCAAUGCACUGUUCACUAUUCAGUCUGUAGGUUUUCAGUGAACUCCCCUUCAAAUAAUAAAUGGUACUGUCCAAAUUAAAUGAUAGAAGAGUCCAUUUUAGCAAUCCAGCAGGAUAAAGGUUAACCAUACAGGUUGUAAUCUAUUAGUAAUGAGCUGUUGAUAUAAUUUGUUUGGUAAUUCAUAAAAACAACAAAUUCUGUUGCUGAAGUGUUAGUAUUUAUAACAUAUCUGUUUGUAUACAUUUAAGUUUCUGUUAAAUAUAUUCAAUAAAACUCAUGAAAUGUU